GCCCGGGCGGCGGGAGUAUGAAUAGCCUCGCUCGGACCGGGCUCAGAAGCUCGGCCGCUCCGCCCAGUCAUUGUCCCCUCAGGUCUCUUCUCUGCGGCAGAGUUCUAAGCGCCUCUGCUUUCGCCCGGUGCGCGGCUUCCAUCCGCCCUUGGUGAUCCGACCAGCAGCAUGGACGGCUGCGUGGGGGAGGAGUCCUUCCAGCUGUGGGAGCUCAACCGGCGUCUGGAGGCCUACCUGACCCGAGUGAAGGCUCUGGAGGAGCAGAACGCGCAGCUCAGCGCGGAGCUCGGGGGCCUCCGGGCACAGUCCCGCGACGCCUCUUGGCGGGCGGGAGCCGACGGUGAACUGGCUGCUCUGCGCGCCCUCGUGGAUCAGCGCUGGCGGGAGAAGCAUGCGGCCGAGGUGCAGCGCGACAGUCUGGCGGACGAGCUGGAGGGUGUGGCGGGCCGGUACCAGCAGCUACGGACCGCCCGGGAACGCUCGGUCGAGGAGGCUGCACGCAGCCGGCGCGCGGUGGAGGCCGAGCAACGCGCCCAGGACUGGCUGAGCGCGCAGGCGGCGGAACUGGAGCGCGAGCUGGAGGCGCUGCGCGCGGCGCACGAGGAAGAGCGCGCCGGUCUGCAUGCACAGGUGGCCUGCGCCCCCCGCCGCCCCGCGUUCCCGCGCGGGCCCCCAGCGCCAGCCCCCGAGGUGGAGGAGCUGGCCCAGCGGCUGGGCGAGGCGUGGCGCGGGGCUGUGCGUGGCUACCAGGAGCGCGUGGCGCACCUGGAGACGUCGCUGGGCCAGGCCCGCGAGCGGCUGGGGCGUGCGAUGCAGGGCGCCAGAGAAGGUCGCCUGGAGCUGCAGCAGCUCCGUGCCGAGCGCGGCGGCCUCCAGCAGCACAGGGCUGCGUUGGAGCAGAGGCUGGAGGGCCGCUGGCAAGAGCGGCUACGGGCCACCGAAAAGUUUCAGCUGGCCGUGGAGGCCCUGGAGCAGGAGAAGCAGGGACUGCAGAGCCAGAUCGCCCAAGUCCUGGAAGGCCGGCAGCAGCUGGCACACCUCAAGAUGUCCCUCAGCCUGGAGGUGGCCACGUACAGGACCCUUCUAGAGGCUGAGAACUCCCGUCUGCAGACACCUGGUGGCAGUUCCAAGGCUUUUCUCAGCUUCCAGGACCCCAAGCUGGAGCUGCAUUUCCCUGGGACCCCAGAGGGCCAGCAUCUGAGACCUGUCCUCAGCCCAACUUCCCUCCCCUCCCCCUUGCCUAACACCCUCCAGACACCUGUGCCCAUGUUUCUGAAGAGCCAGGGACUCCUCCAAGCCCAUACCCCCACCUUAGCCAGCACCCCUAUCCCACCCACUCCUCAGGCUCCCUGCCCUGCUGCAAAUGCAGAGGUCAGAGCCCAGGAUGGCCCUUGCUCCCUGCUCCCACAACAGGGCGGGAGACAACAGACUCCAGAACCACUGUGGGCUGAAGCCCAGGCAGCAGCAGUCAGUACCAGCAUCCUCCCAGGACCAGAGGAGCCUGGCGGCAAGCAGCAGGAGGCCAGUCCAGGUCAGUUCCUUGAGGACCAGGCCCCCUUGGCCCCACCCCUCAGCCCUGACCAGCCCAGUUUAGAGGCAAAAGAUGGAGAUCCCAGUGGGCCUGGAGCACCUAGCACAUUGCAGGAGGAAGGAAAAGGGCAAAUGUGGGGACUGGUAGAGAAAGAAACAGCCAUAGAGGUCCAAGUAGUGAGCAACUUGCAGCAGCAAACAUGGCAAGGAGAGGACCUGGAUGUGAAGAAAGUCCAGGACUCCCAGGAUCCUGUAGAAGAAACCCAGAAGCCUCUAGGAGAGGAGAUUCAGCAGCCACUGAUGCCCCUGGAGAACCAGAGUCAUGAGACCCGAGAGAAAGAAGAUCGGGAAUCUCUGAAGUCUUUAGAGGAAGAGAACCGAGAAACACUAAAAAGUCUAGAAGAAGAAAAUCAAGAAGGAUUGAAGUCUUUAGAAGACAAUGACAUAGAAGCGGAGAAACCUCUAGAAAAGGAAGUCAUUGAACUACCCAAGUCUGUAGGAAAAGAGGACUCACAGAUAUUGCAAUCCUUGGAAAGGGAGAACCAAGAACUAAUGACAUCUCUUGAAGGCAAACUCGAGACUGUUUUAUUUCCAGGCAAGGGAAAUAAAGAAUUAGUGAGAUCUGUAGAAGAGGAGAACUUGGAAGAGUCAUUGAGAACUCUUAAAAAGGAGACCCAAAAGCCACUGAAAUCUCAAGAAGCAGAGGACCAGGAGAUAUGGAAAUCUCUACCAACAGAGAAUUGGGAGUCCCUGAAGUCUUUUGAAGAUGAGACCCAGGAGACCCUUAAAGAUAAUCAGGAGCCACUGACCUCUUUAGAAGAGAAUGAAGUGACUGUGAGAUCUUUAGAAAAAGAGAAGCAGGAGUUACUGAAGUCUGCUGAGGAAGAGGAUGAGACAUUUGUGAAAACUCUAGAAAAAAAGGAUCAGGAAUCUCUAAGGUCUUUAGAAGCGGUAGACCAAAGGGGUGUGAGAGUUCUAGAACAACAGAACCAGGAGACUCUGAGGUCUCUAGAAGAGGAAGAGGAGAAGACUAUGGGACCUCUAGAAAGAGAGACCCAGGAGCCCCUGAGAUCUCUAGAAGAGGAAGAGGCACAGACUGUGAGAACUCCAGAAAAAGAGAAUCAGGAAUCACUGGGGUCUCUAGGAGAUCAGGAGACCAUGAGACCUCUAGAAGAAGAGAAUCUGGAGCCAUUAGGGUCUCUGGAAGAAAAGGAUCAAAAGACUAAGAGACUUCUAGAAAAAGAGGAUCAAGAGCAACUGAGAUCUCUAGAGGAAAACCAAGAGACACUGAAAAUUCUUGAAAAAGAGACUCAACAAUCACUGAGGGCUCUCAGGGGAGAAGGUCAGAUGACAUUGAGACUGUCAGAAAAGGUGAAUCUAGAGCCACUGGAAUCUCUUAGAAAUGAACAAGACAUAGUUGGGUCUCUUGAAAAAGAGCAUCAGGAGUUAUUGAAGUCCCUGAAAGGUGACAGUACAGAGGCAGUGAGACCUUCAGACACACAGAACCUAGAGCCACUAAUAUCUGCAGAAGAGGACCUGGAAAUGCUAAAAUCUCUAGAAGUUCAAGAGUCACUAUGGCCUCUAGAAGAAAGGAAUAGGGAGACAGUGAAACCAUUAGAAAAGGAAAUUCAGGAAACACUGGAGUCUGUGGAAGAGAACCAAGGGGUUCCAAGUCUCCAAGAAAAGGAGAAUCAAGAAACACUGAAAUCUUCUGGUGAGUGGAACCUAGAAAACUUGAGAUCUCCAGAGGAGGCAGGGAAGGAAGAUCACACAGAUCUGGAAAAGGGAGGGAGCCUGUUGAAGGAAGAGAAUCAAGAGUUACUGAGGUCUCCAGAAGAAGAUGCACAGGAGCUGCCUCUGUCUGAAAAUCAGCAGAGGUGUGAAGAUGUGGCCAUGGGAGACCAAGGUCUGGGUCAGGAAGCCCCACCUAGGAGGGAGGAGGUGGGGGAUAAGGGUGAGGCAGAGCCAGGUGUGAGGGAGCAGGGUGGGAAUUCAGCAGCAGAGGCCUGGGGCACAGGGAGCCCUGAGCCCAAAGAGCAGAGGGCCCCAGCUGAGGGAGCCAGCGGGCAGGGUGGCACUGAGGACCCCCAGGACCUUGAAGGGCCAGCAGAACAGGUGGGGGCCCCAGGCCUCAGAGCUUCCCAGGGAAUGACAGAUGUGAUGGAGCCCCAGCAGGAAGAUGAGGAUGAGGGCCUAGGCGGAGGCCAAGCCUCUCUAGAUGUUGCCUGGGGGUCAGAGACAGCCAAGGGCCAGUCUGCUACAGAAGCCAUGAUGGAACUGGAGCAGGAGGUAGGAGGGCUGGAGGACCGGGAGGACCUGGUGCGUGCUGCUCUGGAGGAGGCAGUGCAGCCACCCCCAGGAGAGGACAAUCUGGAGGCAGAGAGUGCUGAGGACUUGGAGGGGUCUGGGCAGCAUCAAGUGGAGGCCCCACUCCCCAACUUGCCUGGCAGCAGCAGGGACCUUGGGGAGCCUCCCAAGGGCCUAGAGGAAUCAGAGCCUGAGGCCCCUGUGGGAACAGAAGAGGUGUCCCACACUGAUGCCCCUCAGCCCAAACCCAAGGGGUCAGGUGAUUGUCCAGGUACACAGCCAGUGCUGGGGCCUACUGAACCCCAUGCACCCACCCCAAUCCCGGAAGACUCCUCAGGUCCCCAGUACCAGAAUGAGGGGGACCAGGAGGCCGGCUGGGGGCUCCCAAGGAGGGCUGAAGACCUUGGAAAGGUGAAGGGUGAGCAGGAGGAGUUUGAUCCUGAGAAGAUUCCUGAGGACCUCCAGGAGGAGGAGGAGGAGGAGGAGAGCAGAGCGGAGAGCGAGGCGGAUGAACUUGGAGAAACCCUUCCUGACUCCACUCCCCUGGGCCUGUACCUCAGGUCCCCCUCAUCCCCUGGCUGGGAUGUGGUGGGAGAGCAGAGGCCCUCUCCUCAGGGGGAGGCCAGAAAGGAGGGCUGGGAGACUGGUGUCCAGGGCCCAGACUCAGAGGAGGAGGAGGGAGAGGAAGAGAAAGAAGAGGAGGAUGGGGAAGGGGAUCGUGGCCAGGACUCUGACCUAUCAGAUGAAUUUGAGGACUUGGAGACAGAGGCUUCUUUUCUUCCUGGGGCUCCCAGGAAGGUGGCAGAACCUCUAGGCCAGAUGGCUCAACUGCUGGAGCCGGCAGUCUGGGAUCGAGAUGGAGAGUCUGAUGGGUUUGCGGAUGAAGAGAGUGGGGAGGAGGCAGAGGAUGAGGAAGAGAAGGGGAUAGAGCCAGGGGCUCCACGGUGGGGGCCAGGGUCCUCUGUGGGAAGCCUGCAGGCCCUGAGUAGCUCUCAGAGAGGGGACCUAUUAGCACCCGACUCCCUGAGCAUCAAUGUCCCCUGGGACGAUGGCUUACAGGGUGCUAUGGCUGGUGACCCUGUGACUGCCCCAGAGGCUGAGUCCCAGGACAGUGCUGAGCCUUCUGGCUCAGAGGAGUCUGACUCUGCUGCCUGGGAGAAGAACCAAGUCCCUGGUCCUUUGGAGACCCCAUCUGGGGUGGAGGACACAGGUCUAGGGGAUGCCCACAGUGUCAAUGGGGGCCCCAACUUGGAGGAGGAGUCAGAGCACACAAAUGGGAGGGUGGUGAAUGGGCUACAGCAGUCCAAGGGAGGGGGACACGGAGCCCCGGAGCCUCCAGAUGGGGACCGAGAGAUCUCACAGAUAGAGGAGGGGGUUGCUCUGAAGACCCCUUGGGCAGGGGCCCCUCUGCACCUGGGCCCAAGCCAGUUCCUGAAGUUCACUCCGAGGGAGGGAGAUGGAGACUCCUGGUCCUCCGGGGAAGACUAGAGUAAGCUCCUAGACAACAUGAUCUGGGAGAGGUUGUCCCCAAGACUACCCUGUCUGUGGGGUUGGCACGCUUAACAUGAUCUCUUGGUCCACGGUUUCAUCUGAGAAGGAGAGGCUUGGCCCACUAAAGUGGAGUGGCAUGUGGCAAAGGAGCUAUUCCAAGAUUGGAGACUCUGGGAACAAAACCUUGAGCUCUGCCUGGGGACAACCUGCUUUCAUCAGCCCAGAGGCUAAUGUGAUGGAACCCCUGUAGUGCUAGGCCCUCUUUUCUCUGCACCCCAUCCCUGGGAAAGGUGUGGGCAGUGUUCUCUCUGGGGGGGAGGUCUGCCUUUGGGGAAGUCUGGCCUGUGGCUAAUGUAGAUGAGGGCUGCACCUGUGUCCUGACCCCCUUGUCUCGGCCAUGUGUGGCUCCAUCUGGUUCAUCCACGCUUGAAUAAAGUCAUGCCUU